AGGAUAGCUCUUUGUUUGAGAAUAGCGUUGGACUCCUGGCAAGGUGAAAAUUUUGGUCAUUCUUUGUAUUUAAAAAAAACUAAAAGGGAGAAGACAUAGAAUAAAGUGCUUACCAUUUGUUUGGAACAUCUGCUGCCUUAAAAAUGUAUGAGGAUAGAAUAAUGCUUCCAAAACCAAAAAAAGGGCUAAGGAGUGAUGGAAAGCAAGAAUAGCACAGUGGUGACAGAAUUCAUCCUCCUUGGUCUGACGCAGUCUCAAGAUGCUCAACUCCUGGUCUUUGUGCUAGUUUUAAUUUUCUACAUCAUCAUCCUCCCUGGGAAUUUCCUCAUCAUUCUUACCAUUAGAUCAGACCCUGGCCUCUCAGCACCCCUCUACUUCUUUCUGGGAAACUUGGCCUUCCUUGAUGCAUCCUACUCUUUCAUUGUGGCUCCCAGGAUGCUGGCAGACUUCCUCUCUAAGAAGAAGGUCAUCUCCUACAAGGGCUGCAUCACUCAGCUCUUCUUCUUGCACUUUCUUGGAGCAGGGGAAAUGUUCCUUCUUGUUGUGAUGGCUUUUGACCGCUACAUCGCCAUCUGCCGUCCUUUACACUAUUCAAAUGUCAUGAACCCUAGAACUUGCUACACCUUGCUGUUGGCUCUGUGGCUUGGGGGCUUUACUCAUUCCAUUGUACAAGUGGCCCUUAUUCUCCACUUGCCCUUCUGUGGUCCAAACCAGCUGGAUAACUUCUUCUGUGAUGUGCCGCAGGUCAUCAAGCUGGCCUGCACAGAUACCUUUGUGGUGGAGCUCCUGAUGGUCUCCAAUAGUGGCCUGCUCACUCUUCUGUGCUUCCUGGGGCUUCUAGCAUCCUAUGCAGUGAUCCUAUGCCGGGUACAGGGACAGUCCUCUAAAGGGAAGAACAAGGCUCUUUCCACAUGCACCACACACAUUAUCAUUGUGUUUCUCAUGUUUGGACCUGCCAUCUUCAUCUACACUCGCCCAUUCAGAGCUUUCCCAGCUGACAAAGUAGUUUCUCUCUUUCACACAGUGAUUUUUCCUUUGCUGAAUCCUGUGAUUUAUACCCUUCGCAACCAGGAAGUGAAAGCAUCCAUGAGGAGGUUAUUGAGUCAGCACACAGUUUCCUGAAUGGAACAGAAGAAUGAGAAAAGAAAGAAAGGAGAAAAUCUAGUUUGAAUUAAUUAAAUCAUUUAUUUGUUAUAUACUGAAUCAGUCAGUCAUUUAGAAAAUAUUAUAUUUAUUCAGCACUUCUAGUUUUCAGGCACGUUUUUAAGAGUUUGAGUAAGACAGGUAAAAUUCCCUGUCUCCUGUGGUUACAUUCAAGUGGAUUAAGACAGGUUACACUAUUAGCUUGAAAAAGAAAACAUAAUAUUAAAACAAGAUAGUGCUCUAAAACAAAUAAAAAUAAUAUUAUGCUAGAGUUUGGCUGGAAGAUGGUAGUUAGUUUACUUUUGGUUGUUAAGCAAGGUCUUAUUGAAUGGUGUUUAGCUGAUAUUAGGAUGACCUGAAAGAAACAGCCAUACAAUUACCAGUGGACAAGAAAUUUGUGGGCAGAGAUAAUGACUAGUACAAGGACACAAAGACAUUAUGAGCUUGGUAUAUUUGAAGGGCAUAAAGAGGAAUAGAGUAGCUGCAGUGCAAUUAAUGAGUGUGAAAGUGGCAGGGAUUGAAAUUAGAGAGGUUGGUAUGAACAAAAUUUUACAUUUUAGAUGGUGGUAAGAAUUCAAUUCAUUCAAAUUUCAAAGAGAG